ACAUAUCUCGGUGGGACAAAAAAAGCGGGAAAAGCAACCAUGAUAUGGGGUUUCAGUUUUGCAACCAGACAUUUGCAACUUCUAUUUAGGAAAUAAUAUCUAUAUAUAGGAUUUAAAAAAUAUUGUUGAUUUUAAUGAUGGAUGAUGAAGCAAAUGAUUUAGAUGGUCUGUUUGAAGAGUAUGAAAAUGGAAAUGAAGAAAAUGAGGAUAACAAUAAUGGUGUUACUAAUCAAUCUAAACCAACAGAAAAUGCUGAAAAAGUUGCUGCUCCUAGACGGGCAGUUAAAAACCCAAGAUUGAAAUUCAAUGCAGAUAGGCUUUGUGGCGAAAGAGGUAUACCAGUUGUCGUGAAACAUUUUGAAGGUGUAAAGUUUAAAGGUAAAGGACACGAGGUUGAAGAUUUAAAUAAACUUCUAUCCACUUUGGAACAUUGGUGUCACCGUUUGUAUCCUAGUAUGAAGUUUGACGAUUGUCUUCGACAAAUCGAGAAACUGGGGAAAAAAAGACCGGUUCAGACAUGCCUAAGGAAGAUAAGAUUCGACAUGCCUAUACUCAAUGACGACUUUGUUCAUGAGGAACCUGAAGAAGAUGAAGUUGAAGUACCACCUCAAGAUGCAUUUGAUAGACUUAUUAAUGAAAUUCAGGGCAGUUCAGAUGCUCAACUUGCUUCAACUCCCUUGCCAGUAAAAGCAGCUGCACCAGAACAUAGACUAGGAUCUUUUGGCUCUACUCUAACUGAAGAACAAAGAAAAAGAAUGGAGUAUAAUAAAAUGCUAGCUACUGAACGACGUAAAGCAAAGUUUUUAGCGAUGCAAUCUUCUACAGUUCCCCGCAAUGAAACCGAGGAUUUGUUUGCAGUGGAAUCAACAUCUGCUAUUCAUAGUUCUUCAACUGAUAAAAUAGCAAAUUCCAUGUUUGAUGAUAUUUUUACUGAGAGUAGGUCACUCUUAUCCACCAAGUCUGAUAAAUUGCAUUCAGCUUCAAAUGACUCCUCGGAGGAAUUAGAGUUGGACGACUUGGUUGAUUUGGUAAAUGAUGAUGAACCUUCUGCGAUUCGAAAUGAGGAUAACAGUCUUAAUACUUUCCCAAAAAUGAAUAAACAAGGUAAGGUAAAAAAGAAAUUUAUCAUUCUUAGUGAUGAAAGUGAUGGUGACGAAAUUGAUAAAAAUUACACUGAAGUUGUUGACUUGGAAGACAAAGUUGAAAAAAGUUCUAUUCCAAAUAAAAAAAUUGAAGUUAUAAAUUUAGAAAGUAAAAGUAACACUGAGCCCAUUAUAGUGGUGAAUUUGGAUCCAGAAACAUCACUCAAUGUUAGUAAUCCUGCUCAGAAGGUAACGGAAGUCAUAAAUUUAGAAAGUCACAACACUGAGUCAAUGACAGUGGUGAAUUUGGAUCCAGAAACAUCUGUAAAUGUUAGUAAUCCCUUGCACGUGAUUAAUUUAGAGAGUGAAGAGGUUGAUCUAACCAAUAAAAAAACCGUAGAUGAUACAAAUUCAGAAAUGGAUCUUGCAAGCCCACCAACAAUUUCUUCUACAGGUGUAAAUGAAGAAAAUUUUAAUUUGUUGUCUCCUGAAAAAGAUAAAAUAUCAGACUCUUUUAAUGCGCAAGAAAUUGUUCAAGAUAAUGUGGAGUCUAUGGAAAUAGACUGAUUGCUUAAGAUUGUGCCUUUAGUUUUAAUUAUAACAUUAACUUUUAUUUCAUGAAUAGUGAUAUUUUGUUCUCUUUUUUAUUUUGUUAAUGUUAUGUGAAAGGCAAUUUUCCUCUCAUGAAAUAUUGCAAAAUAAUAAUUUCUUAUGGGCAGAAGAAAGUUAAAGUAGAUGAUUAAUUAUUUUAUUUUCAUGGUAAAUAGUGGGAUUUAAAAAUUUAUGUGAUGUUUUCAUCUAACUGUGAUGUAAGUCUAAAUGUUUUCUUUGAAUAGAUAUUAGAUAAGUUUUGAAAAAUAAUAACCUGUUUUGGUUCUGAAUGUAAAAUUCUAUUUAAAAUGAGAGUCAUGUCUUGCUAUUCAUGUAUCAAAAUUUAUAUUUUGUCACUAUGCUAUUGUGCCUUGAAUUAUAUAAGUGUAACUGCGAUUCUAGCAGACUGGAAAGUAUUAGUCCUUUGAACCCAGGACUUCCAAAUUUCUAGGUCCUUUUUUGCUUAAAAUGGGUCACAAUUUACAUAAAAAUGUAAUUAGCAAAUUGAUUUAUAAACAAUGUGGCUAUAUAUAUUAUACUAUAUAUAUUGUAUAAUUAUUAUUGUACAUAUAUUAUACACACUAUAUAUUUAAAUUUUAUUAAUGGGGAUAAUAUUAAAUACUGAUGAACAGUUAAGGCAACUCUAUUGUCAUUU